GGCUGGCCUGAGCCUGGCUCUGGGGAUCCCCUGCAUCCAGAAGAGCCAACUGACCACCCUGUUCCUUCAUCUCCUCCCGGGACCAUGGGGGCUGGGGCCAGCGCUGAGGAGAAGCACUCAAGGGAGCUGGAAAAGAAGCUGAAAGAAGAUGCCGAGAAGGAUGCUCGAACCGUGAAACUGCUGCUUCUGGGUGCCGGUGAGUCCGGGAAGAGUACCAUUGUCAAGCAGAUGAAGAUCAUCCACCAGGAUGGGUACUCGCUGGAAGAGUGCCUCGAGUUCAUUGCCAUCAUAUAUGGCAACACGCUACAGUCCAUCUUGGCCAUCGUGCGCGCCAUGACCACGCUCAAUAUCCAGUAUGGAGACUCCGCGCGCCAGGACGAUGCCCGGAAGCUGAUGCACAUGGCGGACACCAUCGAGGAGGGCACGAUGCCCAAGGAGAUGUCAGACAUCAUCCAGCGUCUGUGGAAGGACUCGGGUAUCCAGGCCUGUUUCGAUCGCGCCUCGGAGUACCAGCUCAACGACUCUGCUGGCUACUACCUCUCGGACCUGGAGCGCCUGGUAACCCCGGGCUACGUGCCCACUGAACAGGACGUGCUGCGCUCGCGUGUCAAGACCACUGGUAUCAUUGAGACGCAGUUCUCCUUCAAGGACCUCAACUUCCGGAUGUUCGAUGUGGGCGGGCAGCGCUCAGAACGCAAGAAGUGGAUCCACUGCUUCGAGGGUGUGACCUGCAUCAUCUUCAUCGCGGCGCUCAGCGCCUACGACAUGGUGCUUGUGGAGGACGACGAAGUGAACCGCAUGCACGAGAGCCUGCACCUAUUCAACAGUAUCUGCAACCACCGCUACUUCGCCACCACGUCCAUCGUGCUCUUCCUCAACAAGAAGGACGUUUUCUCGGAGAAGAUAAAAAAGGCGCACCUCAGCAUCUGCUUUCCGGACUACAAUGGGCCCAACACAUAUGAGGACGCGGGCAAUUACAUCAAGGUGCAAUUCCUCGAGCUCAACAUGAGACGCGACGUGAAGGAGAUCUAUUCCCACAUGACGUGCGCCACCGACACACAGAACGUCAAGUUUGUCUUCGACGCUGUCACCGACAUUAUCAUCAAGGAGAACCUCAAAGACUGCGGCCUCUUCUGAGGUGCCUGAACUCAAGCGUUCCUGAGACCCUGUAGCCCUUGCCGCCUUGUAGCCCCAAUCCGCAUGACCCCUAUCAGCCCCCCAGGACUCCUGGGCUCCAGCCUGUGGCCCCACCAGCCACAGAUUCAAAACCCUAAGCCCUGCUAACCUUGAGGGACUGACCCUCCCCCAUGGCUCCCAGGAUCCCCAGGUCUCCCAGAGUCCGGUGCCCCCAGCCACCCCAGCACUGCCCUUCACGGCCUGGCUGCACUGGCCUCCAAGACCCACCACAGCCAGCCCCAGCUAGGAGCAAGCAGGACUUGGGGCAGCUACAGCUCACGGUGACUCAGCAGUACCCCACUGACCAAUCUCCUGCUGCUCUCCUGCCCCAGGAGGCCAGUGAUUCACCUGGUGGGUCUGGGUUCAGCAAACAGCCCUCCCUCCCAGAGUUUCAUGAAGGGCAGGGGGGCAGGAAGGGAACCCUCCUCCAAGCAGCCCUGCUGCUUACCAUCAGCCCAUUCUAGCCUUACCACCUCCAUGUGACGAGUCUGACACCCAUCUGCCCAGUGGCCAGUGACUGCCCCACCCAGCAGCUUUAGGGGUCCAAAGUCCAAGCUAGCUCUGGCCUGUGAAACUCAUAUAUAGACGAAUUAGUGAGUGGGGGCAAGCCUGGGAGCUCCUGGUGCCAGGAAGAGACUCAAGCUGGACCCUUCCCCACAUAUCCUAACCCCUUCACCCACAGGCUCUGCCCCCUCCAUGCUUGGACACUGUAUUCAUGUCCUACUAACUUACACACCCACAGUACUCCAGGCCAGUCUGUUGAGGGAGGGUACUGUUGACACCAGCUGUGGCCAAUGGCUGAACUGUCCUGAGGGGUGGCUGGGAGCAGAGUCCAGCUCCCAUCGAUCAGCCCCAGGCAGGGGAUUUGGGACAGGAAGGAGGCCCAGAUUGUGCCCAGAGGGGUCUGCCCCAGGUAGGGUCAUAAGCAAACCCAGGUGACCCUCUUGUCCCUGCCAGCAGCUUCUCUCAUCCUUCCCAUUCAGGGCCCAUUCCCUGGUGGGAAAAACUGAGGUCCAUGCCUGAACCAUCAGUGACAAAGGCAUCCAUGUCCCCACACCCCUGCUCCCUACUUCCUCAUCAAGCACCAAGUCCUCGCUGAUGCUCGUGGGCUGGGGCCUGUGCUGUAGUCGAGGGCAAGGAGCAUCCGUCUAACAAGACCAGGGCAUAAUUUGCACUCCCUUCAGCUAGAUAC